GAUCAAAAUUGGUAAGCAGCAUCUUCCUCUUUGCGCAUUGACAAUUUUUUUUUGUUCCCACGGAGGAGCUUCGGAGAAGCAGGAACAUGUUCAAGAACACGUUUCAAUCUGGGUUUCUGUCUAUUUUGUACAGUCUAGGAAGCAAGCCUCUUCAGAUAUGGGACAAAGAAGUUGAGGAUGGCCAUGUGAAGCGUUGCCAUGAUGAUGACAUACAAUCCAAUGUGCUUGAAGUAGUUGGAUCAAACAUUCAGUCUACAUACAUCACAUGUCCCCCUGAUCUCUCCGCAACUCUUGGUAUCAAACUACCCUUUUUAGUAUUGGUAGUGAAGAACAUGAAGAAGUAUUUCUCCUUCGAGGUUCAGAUUCUUGAUGACAAGAACGUGCGUAGGCGUUUCCGUGCUUCUAACUUUCAAUCUGUUACUAGAGUGAAGCCAUAUAUUUGCACGAUGCCAUUGAAGAUGGAUGAGGGAUGGAAUCAGAUCCAGCUGAACAUGCCUGAUCUUACUAGGAGAGCUUACGGGACUAAUUACGCUGAGACGUUGCGAGUUCAGGUUCAUGCUAAUUGCCGUCUCAGAAGGAUUUAUUUCGCUGAACGUCUCUACUCAGAUGAAGAGCUUCCUCCAGAGUUCAAGCUCUAUCUCCCAGUGCAGGUUUGAGUCUCAGAAAAGCAUGAGUGUGUUUUUGCCAUUGUCUUGGAAACUACUUUAGAUAGACCUAAAGCGUCUUAGGUGAGAGUUUCAGGAUGGCUUGUAGCAUCCAUUCUAUUUGGAAUUUGCCAAUACCUUGAGCAGCUUUGACUUGAUAACUUAAAGUUUGUUGUGUCUUUAUGAAAUGGGAUCAUAUACGUUUAAUAGAUUCAAUGAAUAAUGUACAUGGAUCUUGAAUCAAUGCAUCAUUCAUGCUUUCUUUUUUUU